AUGUUCAAAGAGAUGACCAACCCAACGGCCCUCGACUUUCAGGCGCAGUGGCUGGCAGCCGAGCCCGCGGCCUGCGCGGCGCCGGAGCCAGGCCAGGCCGAGGACGCGGAGCGGUCGGAGCCCAGAGGCCGCGCGCGGUGCUUCCGGGUGCUGCUGGCGGUGCAUCGGCUGCUGGCGAGCAGCGGCGACAUGCCUGGCUUGGAUGAGGCGGAGCGGGAGGAGUCGGUGCGGUACCAGCCCGGUGUCUCGAUCUACGCGGGGAAGAUGAACCGCGUGAAGUGCCAAACGGUGGGGCCGCGGGGCCUUCAACAGGAGUCGGUGUACCUGGUCCCGUCGCAGUUCAUUCUGCUGCUGACCCGCCCUGACGAAGAGAAGGCCUUUUGGGCGGAGCCAGUCAUCGCAGAGCCUCUACGGCUGGUGCGGCUGUCAGGGGAUGACACGGUGUCCAGCGACGGAGAGCACGUGCUGCGGCUCCAGGUGGCAUCCCCGCGUUCGCCGCUGCUGAAACCGCCAGGCGAUGCCAAGCGUGGCUACGACUCCCGCGCCCAGAGCCUUUCGAGGAACUUGUCUGGGCAGGAGGACUUUGUUGCCACGCCGAUGCCCGAGAACGCGGCCUGCCGUCGCCAGGAGCCGGUGCAGCUGGUGCUGGUCUUCUCUGACGAGCUGCGGAGGAGGGUGGCGUGGAAGAGCAUCUCCCAGGCGCACCGCCAAGUUUGCGAGCGCCUCUUCAAUGGAGUCCUCAAGUUCCUGACCUGCGUCAAGAACGGCACCUGA